AUGUAUCUCAACAUCAUCACCUCCCUUGUCCUCCUCGGCAGUAUUGCCACAGCGGCUCCAACUUCGGACCAAUCUCUCAACCUUCAGAAACGCGCAACGCGCCCUGAUGUCACGGUCGGGAUUUUCACGGAUCAAUAUUGCGAAGACUCCACUGGAACCUUUAUCGACAACAAGCCCAAGUGUAUCAACCUGGAUAACUUUAGCGUCGACAUUCUUGCUAUCAAUGCUGAUGUUGAUGGCACGAUCUUGGGUGAUCGUUGCAGUUGGGAGGUCUGGGCGUACCCUAACCUCGAUUGCGACAGCGAUGACAACAGCAGUGGAGCCGGUAAACUUUCUCCUUACGGAACGUGCAGACACUUGACCGGUCUUCCUACAAAACCUAUCAAGAGCGUUGGGGUGUAUGAAUUUGGCCCAUUUAUUAACCCUAAUGCUAAGUCCCAGCAAUAUUACCCUAGUAGCUAA